AAGAUCAUGAUCAUAUGUUUUGAGAGUGAGUUAGUGACAGAUUGGAUAAGAAUAGCGCGUACUAUCAGGGAGAUUGGACAGAACAAUGAAGGAGGGCUAAUAUUUUGGAACUUCCUUGAUUUUGUUGUUACCCAGAGAACACCAUUAUUCAUCCUCCUGCUGCCAUUCUUGCAUCAAAAGGUCAACCAGCCUCCAGCAUCAGAUCAAGAAAGACAUAUGCAACACAUUAUCAGAGAAAAACUGCGUGGACUAAAUUUACCCACGCCAAAAGGGCGUGGAUCUUUGCUGAUGGACUUAGCUCAUGAAAUGAAAGAACUAAAGGAAGAGUUAGAGGAUAAUCAGUAUGAUGAUCAACGGGAAAGUAGACAUGCUACAACAGUAGCUGACCCUCCAGUUCCAGAACCUGCAACUACCACUUCAAGGCCAGGUCGAUCUUCUCUAAUAGCAGAUCUGUUAACUGGUGAAUUGGGCUGUUCCAGAGAAUCCAAUAAUAAAAACAACAAUGAUGCAGCUGGUGGCCACAGUUUACCACAAUCACAAAAGCACAGAGGCUCAGUGUCUAGUGUGAGUGCUGGUGAUUCAACUACAAGGGCAGAAUUAAAUGAUGCUGCUACAGCUGCUGAUACUACAUCAUCAGGUUCUCAUGGAGGAAAGACACCAGCAGAAAUAUCACAGCUUUCUUCUACUAGUGAUGAUCACAAAAUCUCAAGUCAAAAGUCUGAUGAUAGCUUGCCUCAACAAAAGGCAUCCAAACUUCGGUUUGGGUCAGCUGUAGAAUUUAGACAUUCUUCAGGUGAAACAUCAGUAACACCUUUAAGUCCCGGCAGCCCCACAGAAGGAAGUUCAGGAGAGAUGAGUAGUCGCAGUACUGACAAACCACGACUCCAAAGAUCUAAGGCACAAAGCAGGAAGACUUUCCGACUACGCAAAAGCAGGAAAAGUCGCAUAGAGGUUUCCCACAUCAAAAUUGAACCAAGGGAAAUACCACAAGUCCCAGGACAGUCACCAACAAUUCAGAUGCCUGUUCUGGAAUUGGCUGUCACUGGCAUCCCACCAGCUCCUGGAAACCAGCCUCCUCCGCAGCUGCAGCGGCUUUCAAGUCGCCUCACUCGAGAAGGCAGUGAUGGUGGAAAAGAUGUAUCUUGGGAUGACGUAUCACUUACGUCUAGCAUGUCAGGAUACAGAGAGUCAUAUUCAGCGCUGGCAACAGCCAUCGAAAGCCCUUCACCAGAUUCCGGGCGACGAGACAUGCCUUCCACAAGCAGUGCAGCUACAACACACAUUGGCUCACCAGACACUUCAGCUAAUAGUACUGGCGGAGAAGAGACUGCAUUGCUGUGUCGCAGUGAUCGUACAUCAUCACAACACUCAUUGUUGAUGGUAUUUGAAACUCAAGAUGAGGACACACUGAUAUGAGCUUACAGUGUAGAAAGACUUAAUUUAAAUGUUGUAUUGAAGUAUGCACCUCUGAGUAAUACUAACCACUUGUGUUACAGAUCUGUGUCCACCACUGUCUUACUUCAUUCCAUCUCAUUAUUAAACAUUUUGCAUCUGCUUUGAUUGUGAAAUACAGUCUCCUGUGAUUUAAUUAGUUAUAUAUCCAUAGCGUAAGAAGAAGUUCCAUUACAAUGUUCUUUUUGUUUAAUGGUUAUUAUUCCCCCAUCUUACUGAGAUGCUAGAUUUUAAUUUCUCACAGCUGCUGAACUAGUGAUAAAAUACUAAAAAGUUUCAAGUUUUUAUUUAUUUUUUACUGUAGAUCAGUAAUAAAAAUUUUCCUCCCACAUUUUCCAGUGUUGGAUGUACCUUCAGUUUUUAGUAGGACUUGUUAUAAAACAUUUACAUAAUUAGUUGGUAACUGGAUGAUAGCCUAUGAUACGUUAUAGGUGAAACAAUAUUUUAAUACUAUUGUGGUACCAUAAGUUAAUGCAUUGAUGUCUAACUGAAGUCAAAGUGUAUAAAUUGCAGUUGAAAAAUGAUGCUGUAAAAAGAUAAAUAACUGAU